AUGGCAGCUCUACGUCCCUUGUUGUCCCCGCUACGUCAAUAUGGCCGCUCACUUUCUACCUCGACAAAACCCGGUCCCCGUCAUCUCCUGUCCAUAUCCGAGCUCACACCCACUGAGCUGAGUACCCUCGUGAAUAACGCAACAAGCUACAAAUCUUCCGCCCUCCAGCCGACAUGGUCCCAGCGCACCGCACUCUCGAGCAGAACCAUCGCGAUGCUCUUCUCCAAGCGCUCCACGCGCACGCGCAUCUCGACAGAGGGAGCCGUUGUAGCGAUGGGCGGGCACCCUAUGUUCCUGGGCAAGGAUGACAUACAACUUGGUGUGAACGAGUCACUCUAUGAUACCUCGGUGGUGAUAUCGAGCAUGGUUGCGGGCAUCGUGGCACGAGUCGGGGCGCACUCGGAGAUUGCAAACCUUGCAAAGGACAGCUCUGUGCCCGUGAUCAAUGCACUGUGCGAUACCUAUCACCCCAUGCAGAUCAUUGCCGACUUUGCGACCCUGACACAAGCCUUUUCCACGCCGGCGGAGAAAUUGAAGGGGUUGAAGAUCGCCUGGGUGGGAGAUGCCAACAAUGUAUUAUACGACAUGUGCAUCGGUGCCAGGAAGCUGGGGAUCAACAUGGCAGUGGCUACACCGAAGGGCUACAAAAUUCCCGCGAACAUAAAGCAAGAAAUCGAAGCUGCAGGGCCCGGACAGCUUUUCGAAACAAACAUCCCCGAGGAAGCAGUCAAGAAUGCAAACAUCAUAGUCACCGAUACGUGGAUCUCCAUGGGCCAGGAAUCCGAGAAGCAAAAGCGCCUGAUGGCAUUCGAUGGUUAUCAAGUGACGGAAGAAAUGGCGCGCAGAGGAGGCGCAGCGGAGGAUUGGAAGUUCAUGCACUGUCUACCGCGGCAUCCGGAGGAAGUCAGCGACGAAGUAUUCUAUGGCCCGCGAUCUCUGGUUUUCCCGGAGGCGCAAAAUAGACUGUGGUCGGCGAUUGCCACGUUGGAGGCGUUUGUGUCCCCUUCUUCGCCUCUCAGCCGCUCCUCGUCCUUCGCCCCUGGCCCGCACCGCCGCUCUCAUCCAAACCUGCAACACCUGUCCCUGGCGCCCUUGACGCCGAAAUACCCAAUCGACCCGGCCGACUACGCUGCCUACUUCGACCCAGCGACCUCGGAGCUACACACGUCCGCGUCCAUCUCCCACGUCGCGAGCUUACCGUCCCCAGGCGGGAUUCUGUCAAGGAGCGGUUCCGCAGCACAGUCGCGGGCGCAGUCGCGGGCGAGUUCCCGGACACGACUGAGUCAGAAGAAGAAUAAUCGAUCCUUCGUGACCAUUCAAGCCCCCUUGCCUCUCACGGAUGGCAGCACAAGCGUCGACGCUCCCCUCUCCGGGGCGUCGACGAGUGAAGGGCUCGGCCAUAAAUCCAUUUCACGCCUGUCAAACUUGGCAAAUCUCUCUCCACAACAGACGCAUAAUCCCUCAGACUACUCGGGUGGGCGAUCGCUACACAAAUCCGAUUCGUCAUGGUUCAUCCAAACGGGCCUCACGUUGACCGAAGGCUCAAGAGAAUCAAAGGGCCAGUCGUGGAUAUUCAAGCGCGAUUCCUCCACCUCUUUGGCUACGCCGGUCGAUGACCGACCGGCGAUGAUGAUCAGGUCUGGACGAGCGACGCCCAGCGGCAAUCUCAGCCGACGAGGCAGUUUUCAAAGACGCAGUAAGAGGUCCUUGGCCAUGACACCUGUCCCAGCUACCACGCCAAUGAUAAAUGUGGACACGACGCCAGAUUGGGCGGACGAACAGACGCAAGCGGAGAUCGCGGCACAGAUGGACGCCGAAUUCGCGGAUGAAUUGGACGAUGGCGACCCCUAUGGCAUGUUGGAUUUUGACGCCCAGUUUGACAGUGAUGACGAGGAAGAGCUACGGAAAUCAAUCAGCGGGUAUAGAUUGGGCAGAUGGAUGGAUGGGCUUGUGGAUGUUUUUCUUCGAUUAGAGGAUGACUUUUCUGCGUCUCAAGUCGACCUUGAGGCUGCAAAGACGAACAACCAAGCCGAUCCGGCUGCCUCGAAUGCUCCGCUAGCAAAAGAUGCUAACCCGCCUAGUCAUAGUGUGCGAUUCGACGAUUCAGUGGAAUCGCCUCCAGAUAGACCUAGGGGUGUAUGGGACGACGUCGCUUGGUUUGGCCGCAUGCUAGCAAGGGCCGCGCGAUCAUAG